AAAGGCAGUUAAAACUGGGUGCAACGAGACCCAGCUGCUGUGGGAUAUGGAGGCGUGUGGGGAGAAGUUCAAGAGGGAAAUGGCCUCCGUGGAUCCCAAGAACUGGUGCAACUUAACCCACUUCAUCGGUCAGUACAACGCGUUCUCGAACUGUUCGGAGAUCCAAAGCACAAUCAACAGUUGUUUCUGGCCUAACACGCUGGUGGAGAACUACAUGAUCCACAUCCACAAGCACUUCUUCUCCAACUGCACCCUGAAGAGGGUGAUCUGGGUGGACCCACCAGACGACACGCUCACCAUCAUCAUCCUCAUCCCCAUCUUCCUCACCCUGGCCAUGAUUGCCCUUGUGGUGUGGUGCAGCAAACGAAGCGACGUCCUGGCUUAGGUUGUUGGUUCCCAUGUGACUGUCCAGUGCGGCUGUCCAGAGACCCAUGAAACUCUUGGAAUGAAUAAACCUUAUUGAUCCCCAGAGGGGCAAUAUAAUGAGGAAGGGAACACAAGUACUCUGGAAAGACGGAACAUUUGGACAAAGCAUUUGUUUUUGAUCACUGUGCCAUUGUAGGAUUAUGCUGGAUUAAAGUGACAACAAAAAUCCUCUACUUUGUUAGGGAUGCAUCCUUAAUUAAUGUCUAUCUUGGCAUUGGCCAAUCACCUGUGAUGGAUAUACUGUUCCCAAGGACGGAAGGCACAUAGUUACAAGACAUUUGGGAUGGUUGAUCUGUGGUGUGAAAGGGGACAGAGGAUUGCCUCAUUAUCAUAACCUGUCAGACACUGUUCAAGCUUUUGGAUUAAUUUGCUGUUGGUGAAUAAAUUAAGACCUUAACAUGUACUGUACCUUUCUGUACCAGUGCUGUCUACUGUAAAGAAAUUAAAUUCUCAUCUUA